AUGGCGCCCCCUUCGGAGAUCAAAGCUGUGGUCGUCACCAAGCCCGAAACGGCCGAAGUCAAGACGGUGCCCCUCCCAACGCUUCCGGAUGACUACAUUCUCGUCCGCACCACGGCUGUGGCACUCAACCCAACGGACUGGAAGCACGUUUACGUGGGUUUUAACGUCGUAGGGGCCGUCGUAGGCUGCGACUAUGCCGGCGUCGUCGAGCAAGUCGGGCCCAAGGUGACCAAGCCGUUCGUCAAGGGUGAUCGUGUCUGCGGUAUGGUCCACGGGUCCAACACGUUGCGGCCCGAGGGGGGUGGUUUUGCGGAGUACGUCACCGCCAAAGGCGAUUUGCAGAUCAAGAUCCCCGACCACCUGAGCGACGAGGACGCCGCCACGCUAGGUGUGGGCAUUAGCACCGUGGGCCAAGGUCUCUACCAGGCCCUCCAGCUGCCCCUCCCCGGCAUCGCCGAGGCCGCCUCCGCUAGCAACCCGCCCCCCGAGAUCCUGAUCUACGGCGGCAGCACGGCCACGGGGCUUCUCGGGAUCCAGUUCGCCAAACUGUCGGGGUCGCUGGGCGCCGACGCGGCGUUCGACUACCGCUCGCCCGCCGUGGUCGACGAGAUCAAGGCGUGGAGCGCCGACGCCGACGCGCUGACGCUGGCGUGGGACUGCAUCGCCGAGGGCGACGCCCCGCGCAUCUGCGCGGCGGCGCUGAGCCGGACGCGCCCGGGCCACUACCGCGCCCUGCGGAAGGUCGAGGAUGAGACGCUGGCGGCGGUGAACGACAAGGUGGAUAAUGGGACGACGCUCGGGUACACUAUUUUAGGGGAGCCGAUUAAUAAGGGGAAGCUGCAGCCUGGUAUUCCGGAGGAUUAUGAGCAUGGCAAGAUGUUCUGGGAAUUAGCGAGGGGGUUGUUGGAGCAGAAGAAGAUCAAGCCUGCUAAGGCUGAUGUUAAUCGCGGCGGGAAGGGCCUGGAGGGUGUGCUGGUUGGGCUGGAGGAGCUGAGAGCAGGGAAGGUUAGUGGCGUCAAGUUGGUGUACACUCUGUGA